CGCGCACCUGCGCCGCACACUCUGUUCCCGGCGGGAGAGCAUCCCCGCCGGCGAGCCCGAGCCAGGCGCGUUCCGCGCGCAGCCCGUGGGCCAUCCCCGGCCGCGCCGCCCGAGGGGCCGCCAGCAGGGCGCAUCCCGACCGCGAGCGCCGGAGCCCGGGGGGGCGGAGGGGCGGCAGCGCAGCGCGGCUCCGGAGGUGGGCCUGAGCCUAGCAUCGGAGGGGAGCCGCGGGGCGAGACUGCAAAGAUGUAAAAGUAAAGAAAGGACUUAAAAAAUAACAAAGAUGCUUUUGAGCCAGAAUGCCUCGGCCAUCAGAUCACUUAAUUUGAUUCUCAUGGUGUUCAUCAGCCUAGUAUUUGGUGUUUUACGUGAUAUGCCUGAUUCUUCAGAUGAACCUUGUGUUUUAAAAAUAACGCUACAAAAUUUCCAGUCGAUCUUAUCAUGGGAAUUUAAAAACCAUUCUGUUGUACCAACUCACUAUACAUCAUUGUACACAGUCAUGAGUAGAAACGAAGCUAUGAAGACUGUUGAGGGCUGUGUAAAUACCACACGAUCAUUUUGUGACCUCACACGUGUGUGGAAAAACAUACACGAGGUCCACAUUAUAAAAGUCGAAGGAUUCAGAGGGAGCACGUUGCUCGUCCAUUGUACGAAGGAUUUCUUGCCGGCCAUCGAUAUAUCUUUAGAACCGCCAGAGUUUGAGAUUGCUGGCUUCACAGACCACAUCAGUGUGAUGGUAAAAUUUCCAUCUGACAUUGUGGAAGGAUUGCAGUUCGAUUUAUCACUGGUCAUUGAAGAAGAGUCAGAGGGGAUUGUGAAGAAGCAUGUACUCAAAAUGAAAAAAAACAUGAGUGGAAAUUUCACCUAUGUCAUCGACAACUUAAUUCCAAACACAAACCACUGUGUGUCUGUUUAUUUUGAGUCUGCAGACCAGGCAACAGCAGUACAAUCUCCCUUAAAGUGCACCUUCCUUCAACCUGGCCAGGAAUCAGGGGAUCAGGAUUGAAUUCAGUGCUGUGUGCCCUUAGCCGGCCAUUGUUUGAGCCCAAUGCUGGAAGAGGCGGGGAGCUGCCCGCAGCACUUGACUGCACUGUGUCAGAGGGUGACAGGAUGAUGGCAAGCUUGGGUGUGGUUCCCACGUGUGGCCCAGCUCUAUCUGCUCUAGCUCACCGAUGAAAGGGCACCUUGUCAGCGCAGAUGAGACAGUCACGAGUGAAGGCUGAAAGCCCCUCUGUUGCAAAGACAGCAGGACAGUCAACAGUGUGGCCCCAACCCUCCCUCCCGUGUGGAGAAAUGUGCAUCGAGAACAGUCCAACUGAGAAACUUCCCUGCUGGUGACUUCCUCAGGAAGUAACUAGGUCUCUCCACCUGUUUUAUCAAAAGUGAAAACCUAUGAAAAUCACCCUCAAAGAAGCCUUUCUAAAUUUCCCAACCCCAAUGGAAGCUUCUUUCAUCUUCUGAUUUACCAGAAUAAAAAUAAGAUUUACAAGGAAAUGACUUUUAAGGGAUAUGGUUAUUUGUGAAUUAAGUGAGCUCCAUGAGAUGUUGCCCAGCAUAGACGAGUGCCUGAUGUUAGCUCUAACCACGGGAGGUAUGAUCUGAUUCUCCGGUGUUCCUCAAAGCCAAAUGAUGCAGAGACUGAUUUUAAAGGAAAAAAAAAAAUAUCUCAGACCUGUAGCUUGAGUUAUUUUUAUAAUUUCAAUUAAAUACAUGAGGCAAAACUGAAACUGCAUAUAGAUUCGGUCUGUCCAUAGCUCUUUAAAAAACAUAAACCCCAAAUAAAUGUACAUAUUUAUGUCCUAACACCAAUUCUAUGACACUAACUCAUCUCUAACAAUUCAGUUUAUUUCUGACAGUACCUGAAGUUAGCACAGGCCCCACAGGUUCCAGGCUCAGUCCCACAAGACUGCCCCUCACUUCAGAUGCCCGCCACAAGUCCUGGGUCCCAAGGUCACCCACAUUUCUGUCUCAUUCGGCUACAAAGUCAGGAGUUCCCACGACCUCUCUUCAGGUUCAGUAAUUUGCUAAGAUGACGCACAGAACUCAGGAAAGUGCUAUACUUACGAUUACCAUUUUGUUAGAUUUAGCAAUCUCAUCCCGUGUUCUUAAGAAAUCUGCAUGCGCGGUAAGAUUCAGGUCAUAUAACUCCCAACUGUUCAAUCAAAGUGGUUCCAUGGUGACAUUUGAACCAUGAGGAGGUUCCUCUCCGGACACCUUAGACAAGACCCAGACCAUAACCAAGCUCUCUUUUUCCGCUGUGACAAGGGGUCCGGUUGUCAUCUGUGGCAUAUGUAUCACGCUUUGUAAAUCUCUGUCUUGCUCUUGCUCCGUAAUCCUGUAUUUCUCUCCUCAAUAAACCUUGUUUUUGUGCUUGCCUCCCUCUGGUGCAUUUGUUUGUUCUUUGGCCAUGAGCACACCAAGACCCGAGAACACAGAACGAGAUUGCUAAAUCUAACAAUUUUAUUAUCAAAGAUACAAAUGAACAACCCAAUGAAGAGGUACAUAGGACAAGGUCUGGAAGGGGAAGGGUCCCUAGUGCAGGAGCUUCUGUCCCUGUGGAUUUGGGGUGCACCACCAUCCCACGCAUUUAUAUGUUCACCAACCUGGAGGUUCCCCAAGCCUUGGUGUUCAGAGUCUUUAUUGGGCUUCAUUAUGUAGGUGUGAUUGAUUAAAUCAUGGCCACAGGAUUGAACUCAAUCUCCAGCCUCGCUCCCCUCCUUGGAGGUUGGGGGCGGAGUUGGAACUUCCAACCCUCUAAUUGUGGAGCUGGUUUUUCUAGUGACCAACCCUCAUUCUGAGGCUGUCUGUCCACACUCUGAUGGCACCUCAUUGUCAGAUGAUAGGGUCCCCAAAAGGGACUCGUUAGGAAGAACAAAAGACACUCCGAUCACUCAGAGGAUUCCACACGUUUUCGAAACGCUGUGCCAGGAACCAAACUCAUGUGUACAAUAAAAACUCAAAUUCAUAACAUGUCAGAGUGAUGAUGAAACUGACACUCCGUCCCCACCUCCAAGGUGAAGGUGUUGCUGCUGAGAAGGCACAGGCUCUUCCGAGGUGGACACGCCCUGAGGUGCCUCACUUUCUCCCCUGACCCUUCUCCGUUUCACCCUCUGAGAGAUGCUCAGGCAACAGCAUGCUGCCAGAUCAUUCCAACCGUACUUGCAUGUUGUCAGCCUCCACUCUUUGAUCAUUACCCAGGACUAACUAUCUGCAUACCGUACAUGGUGUCUGGAUUGUUGUUGUCGGAAACGCAGGAACCAAAUAGGUUCUCUCGAUGCCCCCUUGCCAUGUGAUAUGCCCUCCACUAGCCAACUCAGGAGCCAGAUGGGUUGGGAUGGUGAGGGGCCUUUGAAGGGCAGCACGGCCUUAGCGUGGGCUAAGGUUCACCGGCCUUAGCGUGGGCUCAGCAGUGAACCCUGCAGCUCUGGGCAGACUGGCAUGGGAGGAUUUUAGCCCAGAGAUCUGGAGAAAUGCCUUCCCCUUGCCAAGCCCUGAAAAUUAAUUGGUUGGCUCGUUUUAGUAAGGCCCUGUGGGAAGGAAAGCUCUAUUCAUUCAUUGAUGGAUGUUUAGUGGGGGGCUACUAUGAGCCAGUUUCUGUUCUUGUUACUGGGGAGAUAGCAGUGAACAAAAUAGAUGAAAAUCCCUGACCCUGUGAAGCGUGCAUUUCAGUAGGAGGCAGCAUAACAAGAUAAAAAAGUAAAAUAUACAGUACGGUAAGUGACAGUAAGUGCCACGGAGAAAAUGUAAGCAGGAAGGGAGGUGAGGGGCGUGUGAGGCAGAGGGGGUGGGUCGCUGUUUUAAGUAGGGCAGUGUCUUGGUUCACAUUCCCUGGAAGCAGAGCCCGGGGAGAGGUUCUUAUACUAGCAUGAUGCAUUUGGGGCGGGGGAAGAGGGUGCGGAAUCUGGAGAGGGAGAAUGAGGGAACAGGUAGGGACGGGGAGAGAAAUUAACUAAGCCACGGUGUGGUCCCACCUGAGCCUCACUUGAAGCUGAUCCCAGGGGGUUCUCUGGAGCAUGGACUGUCCCCCCAGUCAGCCAGCCAGUCAGUUAGCGGAGGCGAUCUUUGGCAUGGCCUCCAGGUGAGGCAGCCCCGCUUUGGCCAAGGGACGUUCCUGAGAGAAGGAUCAGCUCCGAGAUGUAUCGCCCAACAGGUGCGGCGGCCUUGGAGUGCACACUGGUAAGGAGGACAUGGCAGGACACCUGCAGCAGCCACCACAGAUGGCCAGGGAGACCCCCCCCAACCGAGACAGUAACAUUCGAAUAAAGACCCAGGGGGUAUGUGGUAAGCAGAAUAAUAGCUCCCCAAAGAUGUCCGCAUCCUAAUCCCAUAGGUGUGACAGGCUGCGUGCAUGGCGAAGGAGCUUUGCGGCUGUGAUUCAGUUGAGGAUCCUGAGAUGAGGAGAUGAUCCUGGAUCACCCAGGCGGGCCCAGUGCAAGCACAAAGGUCCUCCUAAAGGAAAGGAAGGGGCAGGAGGCUCAGAGUCAGAGAAGGAGCCGCGACAACAGCAGCAGGGCUCAGAGGGUGUGACUCGGAGAUGCUAUACUACUGUCACUUUUCCACGAGCCAAGGAAUGCCAGCGGCCUCUAGAAGCCAGAAAAGGAAAUAGGUUUUCCCCUAGAGCCUCCAGAAGGAAUGCAGUCCUGCCAACACCUUGAUUUUUAUCCCAGUGAAACCCAUUUUGGACCUCUGACCGCCAGAACUGUAAGAUAAUAUAUUUGCAGUGUUUUAUGGCACUAAUUCUAUGGUCAUUUGUUACCGUAGCAAUGGGAAACUAAUGCAGGAGGUGAGGAGUGAGUCACCGCAGACAUGGGGCGAGAGUUCCACAUGGAGGCUCCAGCGAGUGCCAAGGCCUUGAGGCAGCGUUAUGCCUGGCACGGGAGGGCAGGGGAAGAAUAGUAACAGUUUGGGUCAGAGUAGGGUGCAGGACCUUAGAUGAGGUAGGACUUUAGGAGCCAUUGUAAGAGACAGGGCCCCCUCAGAGGGUGGUGAGCAGGUUGCCUCCUUGUGAUCAGACUUAGGAUAUAAAAGGAGCAUCUAGAUGCCAUGAGGUGGGAGCCAGGGCGGGGCUGAUGCCGCAGUAGUCUAGGUGGGAGGUGGCAAUGCUUGGUCCAGAGGGGUGACAGGGGAGGAGCCCCAGGAGACUGAUGUUAAUCAUCACCAAUCUUUUGACAAAGUCCUUUUUCUUUUCCAUUAAAGGUAAUUUGUAAUCAGAUAUUACCAACCCCCUAUUGCUUAGCUCAGCCCCCUGCUUGUGAGGUCCCUUGUGUUUUGUUUAAAAAGUCUCAAAAGUGAGUCUGGAGAAAGACAGGUGUGUCCAAAGCCAAAUUUUAAAGACACGACCUGGUCUCCCCUUUUCAAGAUGACUUGAUCUGACUCAUCUUCAAAGAAGAAGGUGGAUAACAGCAAUGACAUCUAAUGACAAUUUCUCCUUUCUGAGGAGGAACGCUGGCAGAAUUCAUCUUUUUUCAAACAGGAAUGUUUAAAAGUAGCAUGCAUGCAUAAUUUGUCAUCAAGCUAAAAACAAAAAUAUUAAGUUCUCAUAAAGAACUCUCAGGACGCAUGAGAAUACCCCGAAUUGAGAAGUAUUAUCCCUAGUCUAUUAACUACAGUUUACAUAAUCUGAUUUGUAGGAUGUCCUAUUAAAUAGAUGACAGACGACGGUACCUUGUGGCUAGUCUCUGAAAACUGGAUGGGUAGACGAGUCAGAAUCUCAGUAUUGUGCCAUUGCGUCGCCAAUGUAAUCAUUUUGGUUUACAGUAUCCUUUUCAGGAAUGUAAACUCUAUACGUGUAAUACCUUUGUAUCAUAAAGGUAAGCCUUUGGGGCUAGAUCUGAGUGUAGAACCGUCACUGACAUGACAAUCCCUCAUGCACACUCAGUGAGGAUGAGAGUGGCUUCGUGAAUCCUGUGCUAUCUAGCAGUGCAAGGGCCUUACCCGAGUUCCUUCCCAUUCAUUCUUUAACCUUCUGAAAGACUUAAAGUAUGCGAUCCAUUUUUAUUUCCUUUUUUGUCCCCUCUGUCUGUUUUGCCUGAGGCUUUGUUUACAAGAUUAAUAUUAAUAAAGGUCUUUCUGGAAAUUUAAGAGAGCCUUAGUUACAGUCUUAGUUACAGCCUUAGUUACAGUCACUACUGAUUUCUUCUCAGUCCAAUCAGACUUAAGGAAAAAAGCUAUGUUCGGUCAGAAAGUUGGAAUUGUCCAAAAGGAAUUUUGGCAAGAAACCAAGGGAACUGUUAACAGAGCAAGGUGGGUUCAGCAGAGCCCUGAUCUGGGGCCCUGGCACCGCCGAAGUCCAGCCCCAGAAUGGGCCAGUUGGUUUUACUCAGGCUGACUCUCCUUUUCCUCUUCCUGCCCGUGUGCAUGCUGACAUGUGGCUGCCGAGCAUUGGGAUGUGCUCCUAGGACUGAGAGACUGAGCUCUUAAUUAUAUUUAAUUCUGUUCAUUUAAAUUCAAGCAGCCACCACUACUGGCUACUGCAGGGGUCCUCAAACUU